GACGCGGGGCCGCGCUCUGCCUCUCGCCGCUUCCUGGUGCCCGCCCGAAGGCCGCGAUGGCGACGACGUUCGUGUCGGUGCCGCUGAAGAAGGCGUCCGAGGUGGACCUGGCCAAGCCGCUCUCCAAGUUCAUCGCGGCCAGUUACCCGAGCGGCGAGGCUCAGGCCGAGUACGUCCGGGCGGCCGAGGAGCUCAACAAGCUGAGGAAGAGCGCGGUGGGCCGGCCGCUCGACAAGCACGACAGCUCGCUGGAGAUCCUGCUGAGGUAUUAUGAUCAACUGUGUGCGAUUGAGCCCAAGUUCCCAUUUGCAGAAAAUCAGCUUUGUUUAACUUUCACCUGGAAAGAUGCUUUUGAUAAAGGAUCUCUGUUUGGAGGAUCUGUUAAACUUGCCCUUGCGAGUUUGGGAUAUGAAAAGAGUUGUGUUUUGUUCAAUAUCGGUGCCUUAGCCAGCCAAAUUGCAGCAGAACAGAAUCUGGAGAAUGAUGAAGGGCUGAAAUCAGCGGCUAAGUAUUAUCAGCUUGCCAGUGGAGUUUUCCAGCAUAUCAAGGACACUGUAUUGUCAGCACUGAAUCGUGAGCCCACUAUGGACAUUUCUCCAGAUACAGUUGGAACUCUCAGUCUAAUUAUGUUGGCUCAAGCACAAGAAGUGUUUUUCCUUAAAGCGGCAGCUGAUAAAAUGAAAGAUGCAAUAAUAGCUAAACUAGCCAAUCAAGCUGCAGAUUACUAUGGCGAUGCCUUCAAACAAUGCCAGUAUAAGGAAAAUUUGCCUAAGUAUUUUUAUUUCCAGGAAGUGUUGCCUGUUCUAGCUGCAAAGCACUGCAUGAUGCAGGCCAAUGCAGAAUUCCAUCAAUCAAUUCUGGCCAAGCAACAGAAGAAGUUUGGUGAGGAGAUUGCAAGAUUACAGCAUGGAUCGGAUUUGGUGAAGACUGUUGCCAGUAGGUAUGAUGAAUAUAUCAAUGUGAAAGAUCUGUCAGACAAAAUCUCUCGUGCACUAACUGCAGCGAAAAAGGAUAAUGACUUCAUUUAUCAUGAUCGUGUUCCUGAUGUGAAAGACUUGGAGGCAAUUGGAAAAGCUACGUUGGUGAAGUCUAUACCUGUCAAUGUCCCCAUGAGUCAGAAAUUUACCGAUCUCUUUGUGAAGAUGGUUCCUUUGGCGGUGCAGCAAGCUCUGAGCAUAUACAAUCAGAGGCGGGCUGACUUGGUGAACAGAUUGAUUGCACAGAUGAGAGAAUCCACAAAUCUUGCCAAUGGUGUUCUGGCUUCCUUGAAUUUGCCUGCUGCCGUUGAGGAUCUUUCUGGUGACAGUGUCCCACGGUCAAUCUUGGAGAAGUCCAGCAGUGUGAUUCAGCAGGGUGGUCUCCAGACAAUAGAUCAACUUAUGAAAGAUCUUCCUGACCUUCUGCAGAGAAACAGAGAAAUUCUGGAUGAGUCAUUGAGAAUACUGGAUCAAGAGGAAGUCACUGAUAAUGAACUGAAGACAAAAUUUAAAGAACGCUGGCAAAGGACUCCUUCAAGUGAACUAUACAAACCUUUAAGAACAGAGGGAGCUAAUUUCAGAAAUACUCUGGACAGGGCCAUCCAAGCUGAUAAAGUGGUCCGAGAACGCUAUGCUACUCACAGCGAAAUUAUUGGCCUUCUCUGUAAACCUGAAGCAGAGCUGAAUGCUGCCAUACCAUCCGGUAAUCCUACCAAAUCCCUUCAAGGAAGUGAGGUUGUUAUGCUUCUGAAGACACUUCUUGCUUCCUUGAAUGAAGUUAAGAAGGAGAGAGAAACUCUUGAGAAUGAUGUAAAAUCAGUGGAGUUUGACAUGUCGACCAAGUUUCUGACGGCAUUGGCUCAGGAUGGUGCCAUCAAUGAAGAAGCUAUUUCUGUGACUGAGCUUGAUCGAAUUUAUGGAAGCCACACUGAGAGAGUACAGAAGAAUUUAAAAAAGCAGGAGGAGUUGCUUGCAAGUAUUCAGAGUGCUCAUGAAGAAUUUUCAAAGUCGACACAAUCAACCACCAAUGCUGCUCAGAGGGAAGAAGUACUUAAGAAGCUGGCGGCAGCACAUGAUCAGUUUGUUGAACUUGUCAGUAACCUGAGAGAAGGCACAAAAUUCUACAAUGGGCUCACUGAAAUCCUCCUGAAAUUCCAAACGAAAUGUUCUGACAUUGUGUUUGCUCGCAAAACUGAAAGAGAUGAACUUUUAAAGGAUAUGCAACAGAGCAUGGCUAAAGAACCCAGUGCUCCUAAUAUUCCAGCAGUGCCUGCAUACCAGACUGCAGUUUCUGUCAACGAAAGCACCCCUGUUCCAACUCCUGCACCUAGAACUGUAUUUCAAUCCGCACCACAGGCUCCUGAACGUACUCCAGGUUCAUCCAGUGGUUGUGAAAAACAACCUAAACCUCAGCCCCCUGCACGUCCUCCCCCUCCGAAUAUUGGAUCCACUUACCCAGCUGCUCCAUUUGGCACAGCUCCUCCAGGCACAAGUGCUCCAGCUUCAGCUCCAGUUUCUGCCUCACCUGCUUCUAUUGGAGGCACUGGUGUGCUAUCACAGGCCCAGGGACCUCCGUACCCCUCCUAUCAAGGAUAUCCUGGGUAUUACCCAAUGCCCAUGCCAAUGGCAUACAACCAAUUUGCCUAUGGCCAGUACAACGUGCCAUACAUGUUUCAGCCUCCUGGACAGUCACCUUUCCAAAGUGCCCAGCAGCCUCAACAACCUGGAUACCCCUACCCUCAGCAGCAAUACUACCAGCAAUAAGAAGCAUUGUCUGUAAAAGAUUCUAUGUCACUAUUAAUUUUGAAGUUACCUCAGUCCUUUAUCUAUUGCAUACUCUUAAACAUUAACCUGAGGUAAAUGCUGAUUAGGUGGUACUGUUUAAAAAUCUAUGAUUGCACUAAAUUUAACUUUUUUAGCAACAAACACUAGGAACUUAGCAAAUUUGACAUGGUUUUUGCAAAGACAUGAUAAAACUGCUUAAUAGAGAAAUCUUUUGUUGACUAGAUUUUUUUUUCUAAUUUUGGGGAGUGGGUUUGAAGUGCUGCAUAAAUAUAAGGCAGACUGUGUAUGUAUUUCUGCUUUUACAUCUUUACUUAAACUACAUCUGAUUUAUGUUAUUUUCCUACAUCCUAAUGUUUAAGUUUGUCUAAUCAGGGCCUUGUAAAUCAUAUACAUUAAAAAUAAUUAUGACCAAA